CGCGUCGGGGAUGUGUCAAUGAGCGUUUGUCGCUGCGGAUUUAUUUGUGUCGUAAAUGUUGUGCGAUAUUGUGAUAAUGAGAAAACACACGCUGAACUACCUUAUUAUUAAGUGAUGAUUGUGUUUUGAGUUGAGUGCUUUAUAUAAAUUGUUGUUUUCGAUUUGUAUGUCAUUACACUUCCCAACAUGGCGGCAGCUCGUCACAAGUCACAGCCGAAAAACAUUUCUUCAAUAUUUUCGAAGCUCCACGGGGCAUUCUCUGAUGCGGUGUGCCCUACAAAGCUGGCCACUGACAAAAGAACCCUGGAUAAGACUUGGAAGUUGAUGGAUAAAGUGGUUAAACUGUGUCAACACCAUAAAAUGAACUUGAAAAACAGUCCGCCGUUUAUUCUUGAUAUUUUGCCGGAUACAUAUCAGCGGUUGCGGGUUAUAUACUCGAAGUACGAGGAUAAUAUGCAGGCGUUGAAUAAUAAUGAACAUUUUAAUAUAUUUAUUAUAAAUUUGAUAAGGAAAUGUAAACAGGCGAUCAAGUUGUUUAAAGAAGGCAAAGAGAAGAUGUUUGAUGAGAAUUCUCACUACAGAAGGAACCUGACUAAGCUUAGUUUGGUGUUCAGCCACAUGCUGAGCGAGCUGAAGGCCAUGUUCCCUAAUGGAACGUUUGCCGGAGACCAGUUCCGUAUCACCAAGAGUGAUGCUGCCGAGUUCUGGAGGACUAACUUUGGCAACAGCACCCUGGUCCCGUGGAAGAUCUUCAGAGAAGAACUGAACAACGUCCACCCGAUAUCCUCAGGGUUGGAGACGAUGGCGCUGAAGACCACAAUAGACCUGACAUGCAACGACUUCAUAUCCAACUUCGAGUUUGAUGUCUUUACUAGGUUAUUCCAGCCGUGGAGCACUUUACUCCGCAACUGGCAGUUGCUGGCGGUCACUCACCCCGGGUACGUGGCCUUCCUCACCUACGAUGAAGUGAAGGCGCGACUCCAGAAAUACAUCCACAAGGCUGGGAGUUAUGUGUUCAGAUUAUCGUGUACGAGGCUCGGCCAGUGGGCGAUAGGCUACGUGACAGCGGACGGAGAGAUCCUGCAGACCAUUCCUCAGAACAAGAGCCUGGUCCAGGCUCUACUCGAUGGCUACCGAGAGGGAUUCUACCUCUAUCCAGACGGUCGUGAUGUGAACCCAGAUCUCAGCAGCGCCAUCAUAUCGCCAGCUGAAGACCACAUCACAGUCACACAGGAGCAGUACGAGUUGUAUUGUGAAAUGGGAAGCACGUUCCAGCUAUGCAAGAUUUGUGCAGAGAACGACAAGGACAUCAGGAUAGAACCUUGUGGUCACCUGCUCUGCACGCCCUGUCUCACUGCGUGGCAGAUUGACUCAGAAGGGCAGGGCUGUCCAUUCUGCCGCGCGGAGAUCAAAGGGACUGAGCAGGUGGUGGUGGACGCCUUCGUACCACCACGACCACCCAACACACAGGGAGACGCCAAAAGCACAAACACAAAGACUGCAGUGAAACCCGUCACGUCAAAUUCAUCAGGGUCUUCAAGUUCAUCCGGGUGCAAUGGUUCAAGUGUAGAUGUUACAAUCUCAAGCAACGCUAACGGAUGGACGUCGCGCAAUGCUUUCAACGGCCUAACUGACGACAUUGACGACGCAGAGGACUGGGCGGAGUUCAACGCGGCGACAUCAACAAUCGACGCGCUGCGCCCCUCAGUGCGAAGCCCGGCGGCUUCGCCCCGACACUCCCCUCGCGCCGCCCGCAAGGCCCCGGCCGCAGAGAAUGCUUACGGGGAACUGAGAGCCCCGCCACUACCGCCCAGGAAGAGCCUGUCGCCGGCAGAGCCUGCUAUUCUAGCUGCUUCUAGCGUCCAGGACAUUGCUACAGCCAGUUCCCAGGAACCGCGAAGACGAUCUUCUCUGGAGCCCGAGCCUGACUCCCGGCAUCGACUGACGUCCAUCAUCACGGGAUCCACGGAAACCAUCACCGGGAUCAUUGACACCAGACACGAGGUGCCACCAGAUCCAAGAGCCUUCGAGAAACCUCGCCGCGCCUGCACUCCCCAGUCUAACAGCCGCCCCCUUCCCGCCCCUCCCCCACAACAAGACGACAGACCCACAGACAAAACAGACAGACUCAACAUGCCUGACAAACCUGACCGACACAUCCCUUCACAAUCAGACCACAGACAGAAUAUGCCCGAGCACAGAGCUUCUGAUAGACAUGUACCUGAACGACCUUCUGACAGACAUAGUAUGCCGGAUCGGCCGGUGGAGCGACAUAUGCCAGACAGACAAGCCGAUAGACAUAGUAUGCCAGAAAACAGGCCUUUACCCCCCGAGCAUAGACAAGUUCCGGUGCCAAAUGAAUGCAGGGAAAGACUCGAAAGUAGGCAGGACAGACAUAUUCCUCUCCCAGAUAGAACGGAACGCCAUGUGCCUAAUCCCCCAGUGCCAAUCGAGAGAGAACGUCAUGCACCAAGUUUGCCUUCUGAAAGGCAUUUACCAAGUCUACCUCCAAGCGAAAGGCAUCCGCCUUUACCAGCGGAAAGACAUAUAAACAUGCAAGAGAACAGACCUAUUCCCAUACCGGCAGAGCGACAUCCAAUCAACUUGCCUUCUGAAAGACAUAUGCCAGUGCCAGAGAGCAGACAAACAGAUAGAAUGCCAGAGAAACAAGAUAGACACAACGAGAAUAGGUCUUCUGAGAGACAUAUGCCUGAGAGAAGCCACGCCUCACUACCAGAGACUAGGCACGUUUCUUUACCAAACGAGAGGCAUAUAGAGUUCAGGCAACCUCCAGAAAGGCCUGGAGAGAAGCCGGAUUUGAGGAAUGAGUCUAGGUCGUUUGAUAGAGGGGAUAACAGGGCGCCUCCCAGACAAAGGUCGUUGCCCUCGACGACUUGCGGAAGCGUCGACCAACCGACGAAGUCAACGACUAUGCCAAAGUUUCCUUCAGAAGACGUCAAAGACCCGCCUUAUGAGAACGUCAGUGUGGAGAAAAAUGAGUUGGCUGUUGCACCUAAAUUGAAAAUCAACCCGCUGACUCACGACAAGCAUGGAAGGAAAUACGGUGAUAAUGUUUCGUAUGAAAAUAUUAAUUUAGAUUACAUCGCACGUUUAGUAGGCGAAGGUUACCCAAAGGAUAUAGUCGUGCGAGCAUUAGGCAUCACUAGAAACGACUUAGAAAUGGCCUGUGACAUACUACACGAAUUCGGUUCGAAAGUGUCUAAUAAAUGCUAAUUUAAUGUCUUAAAUAGUUUGAAAAGUAAAAGCCAAAAGGUUUCGUAAUUGUGAUAAUUCAUAAAUUUUUUCUUCGAUUUUUUACAAUUUUACAUUAAGAAUUCCUUCUUUUUAAUGUUAUUUCCAUUUAAAUUGUUAUACUAAAUAUUUUUUGAUAAAAAAAAAACAACAAUUAAAUGGAUUUUCCGAUGACAUCCACAUUUAAUGGCACUUUCUGGCACCUUUGAUUUCUAACUAUUUACCUCUUCAACUCAUCUUAAAAGCAAUAGAUACAGUUCCUAAAAUAUUUUUCUAAUGCAGAAUCAAACAAUGUUUCAGACUCAAUGCACAUUGAAAAUGAGCGUAACAUUUCCUUUAACAACUCACGCGUCUGUGGUGACUACGGUCCCCAAAAAAUUAGCUUAUUACGUUCGGCGUUCGCGAAUGUGUGAUGUGAGUGACCAAAUUAGCACCAGUUGCGUUAAUUUUCUCUUUUACACUACACUACUACUGUACUAUUAAGUGUAGUGACCAAAUUAGCACCAAACGACUGGCGUUACUUUUCUCUCUUACACUACAUUACCACUAUACUAUUAAGUGUAGUGACCAAAAUUAGCACCAAACGAGUUAAUUUUCUCUCAAUUUUCACUACUAUUAUCCCCGCUGUAGGGCCCCAACAGACUUCCCCUUUUCGCGAUCUUUUCAACCUCUGUAAUUGCUCUCAACAAUCGUAAUUUAAAAUAAUUCCCAUUUGCGAUUAUUGGAAUUCUUUCCAUGGCUUCAUAAUCAAUUUAGUGAUGGAUGCCAAACAUAACAUGCAUAAACAGAAAAACUUCAUUGUAAAUAGGCUGUUAUUAAAACAAUUAUUUGAAGUGUGAAUUGAGUCUAAAAUCCCAUUCAGAGCAAGAUAAAAGUAUUAUAAAGUAUACUGUGAUUUUAUCAGUCGUUGUAAAGUUGUAAUAAUGCUAAAAAAUAUCUUAUAAGACUUUAGAAGUGACAACCAUUUUUGACCUUAAUAUUGGAAAAAAUCUCGAUGUGUUUUUAAUAUAUUAAAUGAUGUAAAUAUUUAGCCAAGUUCUAAACUAACAUAAUGAAAGGUCACUGGUAUUUUGUAAGAUCAUAGGCAAAUAUACCAACCGAUUUUACGUUCUGAAAAUGUGUGAUAGUAUUAUAGGUUUAAUUAAACUUGAUCAUUAGCUAUUAAGCAGUUUUUUCGACUAUUUAUUUACAGAUAUGAGCGCUCAUAAAUAUUGCCUCACUCUUAGAUUAAGUUUGAGCACGAUAAUGAGCAUUUUUUGAUAAUGGCCCCGAUUCCUGCAGACCCCUCCUAAUUUUAUUUUAAGUUGUACCCGUCAUUUUCUUAUCCGCAAAAAAAGAAAAGGGACGGAUGAUUGUCAACAAUAAUUUUAAAACGAAUGAAUAACCCGGGCGAAUAAAAUAGGCCUCUCGCUGGCAUGUAAUCCGUUUGACGUGCUGUCUACUUAACUCUGACGGGUUAUUGGAAGAUGUAAAAUUUUUAGACGAAUGUUUUAGAUUUCUGCUUAAAAUUGACGUGUGUUCCAUAAAUCUUAUGUCUGUCGAUUACCCGUGCCUUUCUUUUUCAGCGAAUAAGAAAAUGACAGGUAUAACUUAAAAUGAAAUUAGAUGGCGUCUGCAAGAAUUAGCACCAAUGUCAUAUUUAGUUAACAUACUCUCUAAAGCAUUGAUGGCCUCUUAACUAUAAAAAAACACGCUUUAAUACGGAGAGAUGUUCCCUAAAAUUGACACUAUUUGUCAUUAUAUUAGAACAAUGACAAUGUUUAAUAUUUUAGUCCUCGUUUGUCCCACUGCUGGGCAAUUUUAGUCAAUUUUAAUUCCAGUGUUUAUUCUGAACAGUAUUCAUUUUACUCACUACUUUCACGUAAGAACCUUGUAAAUAUUUGUACAAUAAUAUUACUUAUAUUUUCAUAUGAAAAUGAAUUCGCUAUCUUAAUAAACUACUUAAAAUAAUUCACAUAGAAUAUAUUUUUUCAUAUAUAUGGUACGAAAGUCCGACACCUUUGACUUAUGACACUUGCAAUAUUAAUAUUUAGCAUAAUUCUACAUUUAAAAAUUAUUGUUAUUGUAAAUAUGAUAUUUCUAUUUUUUGGGAACUCGUAAAAAUUCCUGUCAGAAAAGAAAAAUUAGAAAAAAAAUCGUAUAGUAGUUUGGUAAAGGUUUACAUUUGGUUUACAUUUAAUGAGCUUAACGUCACCAAAAUGUUUUAGACUACAACCGACUCUUUGUAUUUUUCUAAAGUUUGUUACUAACUGAACAAUAAUUUUUUAAAUGCCAUUUUUCUAAUAUUCGUAUUUUCCAAUUGUCUUGGAAAUGUUUCUCUUUGCCUACAAAUAUUGGAAGCUUUACGUUUAUAUUUAAUUGAAGAUCUUUACAUAAAAAAGACCAAUUUCCUACUGGGCACAUACAAAUCAACCCUCAUCAGUAAAGGAAUUCCUUAUACAAUAUAUUACAAUUGUAGAGCAUGCCUACCGUGUUGCAUUAGUACGAUUGUCUUCAAGAUCUUGUUUUAGUUUGAGAAUACAAUGUACCAUCUAAAACUAUAAUAAAACUGUUGUAUUUUUUACAUAAAAUAUGAUCUGUUGAAUGUUAUCUAUCAUGUGCUACUGCCAGUUUUCUACCAAUACAUUCAUCGGCAGGCCUUAUGUUGUGGAUACACCACCAAUUCGCACUAAACGUUUUGCCUCUUCCUUUUUGAUGCGAACAGUAAAGGACUGGAACUGUCUGCCGUCGUCUGUUUUUCCAACUCGUUAUAAUCUGGAAGUCUUCAAGGAUAGAGUGAAUAGGCAUUUGCUAGGUAAGCGUGAUCCACCCUAGACCACAUCGUCACUUACCAUCAGGUGAGAUAGUGGUCAAACGCGAGCCUAUAAUAUUAAAAAAAAUCAUUGACACUACUAAGGUCAUCGUGUGACAUGCGCUUGGAAUUACAUUUGAAAAUUAAAAAUAUAUAUUUUUAUUGUCAUGACUUAUUAUAGUUUUUGAUGAUUCAGAUGGCAUUAACUACUUGGCCGGGAUUAAAAUAUAUAGCAUUCCUAUAUUUGUAGGUAAAAUAUUGCUUGUAUUUAUAUGUGCUUUAGCGAUUGACUUGACUGAAUUUUAGGUUAAAUUAUAUCUAGUCUUACGACCGAAUGCUUUGUCCAGACUUUAGACUAAAAAGCCUAUGAAAGGGAGAAUGUGAAGUAUGUUUUUAAAUCUAAAGUGUUGCUAAAACAUUCGGAACAUCAGAUUUGUUAUAGUUAAAAUUACAAUUAAUUUGUUUAUUUAGUUAAUUAUUUGAACAAACCAUAUUGUAAUAUCUGUAAUUUUAAAAUAAUUACAAUUGUAAUAAAAUAGUUAUGUAGAUUUUACCCACGGACACUUUAGGUAUUUAUGAGUGAAUACAUAUCCACCAGAUUACCUAGUCAAAUGUGAUUUUGUAUGUAAAAAUUACAAUAAAUUACAAUUGUAAUUUUUGAUACAAAUCGUAAUAUUAAUUAAUAGUUUGUAAUCCUUAUGCUGGAUAUACACUCCGCGAAACAUUCAAUUAAUUCUUAAAAUAGUGAAAUUCUCUUUAAUACGUUGAGAGACAAUUUAAUAUUACUUACAUUUUAAAAUAUUUGUAUAAUAAAGUAAUUGUAACAAAAGAGUGUAUACCAGCCUUAACUAUAGUCCCCUUGUAUACCCCGACGGAAAACUAUUAUUCACUUUAUUUUUUAUUUUGAGUAAUUUACAUAAUAUGUUCUAAAAUGUAACUAACCGACGUAUAACUAAAUUAAUCCUAAGACGUUAGUUAGUGCAAAGUUGAAAAUUAGAUUCCUGUCGAAAGUUUUUAUUUACAUUUUAGGACAUUUAAUAUUGAAAUAAAUUUUAUUAAUGUUUACAGUUAAACAGACUGUAUAACUCUUCACCUGCUAUACUUCACACAUUUUAUACAAAAAAGGGUUGGCAAGAUAACAGUUUUAAAAAUACAUGACUUUCAAAUUCAUGUCAAUAUCUGUUGUAAUAAAAAGUGUUCUUUCAUCUUAAAAUUUAAGAGUAUUCAACAAAAUUAUCAGGAAUAAUUAUUUAGGCCCGAAACUAAAGUCAAUCUGUGUUAACUUGCCAAACUUUGUAGCAUAAAAACUACAUUUUAAAACAGUUAAUUGUGUAGAAGUCAUAUCAGUCGACAAUAUACAUGUUGUUGACAUUGAAUCGUCAUUUAAAUGCACAUUUUACCAAUGUUAGUUGUUACUCGCUGUUUUCCUAAGAAUGUCGGGAAAGAGGGGUUGGCAAACGACGAGUGUAUAAAAUUUGGUCGAAGUCUUUUUGGAAAAUGUAUCUGGGUGUUGAGGUAAAAUCAUUGAUUGUUAAAAAAGUCAGGAAAAGAAAAGUAAAAGUUGUAGUUUACUACCGGUCAUUAAGCGAUAUGUAUCCGUUUUCAUCAGCAAUAAGAUACAUCCUUUUGUUACAAACAAAUUACAUACUGGUUAUGUUUUUAUAACCUUUUUUAUAGAGGGUUACCUAGUUAGUCUAUCAGUCAUUCUUUACAUUUUUCAAAAAUAUUUCAAUAAGUAUGUGUUCAAAUAAUACAAAUAAAUGAGAUGAAAGUGAAGUAUACUUAACUGGUACAAUUAAGAUGGGGCGUGUAGUGAGGUUAAAGAAAGCGAAGUAUGUUGUCUCUCCUUAGCUUACUUUUACCAUUUAUUUGUUUUAAAUUGUGCGCAUUAUGUCGAUUGAUUUAAAAUAAGUAUUUCUGUUGGGUUUUGUUGAUGGCAAAUUCAUAUUAUGUUGAUUUUUCGUUUUAAUUUGCAAUCAUACAUUGUGAAAAAUAAAAAUUAUAUAUUAUUAUUUCUUUGUAUAUGCGUUAGUAUGUAAACGUUUAGGCAUAUGUUUUAUGAAACAGUCUAUAAAUCCCACUACUGGGCAUAAAUCUCUUUAUCAAUUAGAGUAAUACUCAGACCUGAAAAAUAAUGGCUAAGGCUCACUUAUCUAGGUAUUUAAACGGGCAGACUGUCCAUUUUACGAUAUUGAUUACACAAUGAACAUCGAGUUGAAAUUGUAAUCUAUAUUUGUAAUGUUAAUAUGUUAUUUGAUUCAAUUGUAAUUAACACUAAAUUGUAAUUGUAAAUUACAAUUACAUUUCGACAGAUUACGGGUUAAAAGAGGUCUAAGUCCAGUAGUAGCUAAAAUAGGCUGUUGAUUGUAAAAGUAAUAAUUAUAAAUUGUAUAAUUGUUUUAUUUUUGCCAUCGAAUUAUUGUUUUUGGUGGAAAGUCGGAAUGUUUCGGGGAGAGCGAAGUCUUGUUUUACGCUUUAGUAUGAAUACGUUGCCAAUAUAUUUAAGAGGAAAAAUA